AUGGCGGCAUUCGUUCCUCGACAAGCCUACCCGCACCUCUCUUCCAUCCCGCGAUCCUAUUACUUGGGACACCAUGCCGCUGGACUGUCUAAGAUGAGAUCAAUGGUCGCUUCCAUUGACCUUGUUAUCGAAUGUCGCGACUACCGGACACCAGUUGUCUCUCGAAAUCCAUUAUUCGAGGCGAAUUUGGGCGAGAGACCUCGAUUGAUUGUCUACACCAAACAAGACCUAGGAAGCACAUACUCGCCCGAGGAUAGGAAAAGAGAGGCUAUCAUCAAAAAAUGGGAUGCACCAUCUACGUCAUUCUGUACCGACAUCAAGUCUCGAAAUACUAUCAACAAGGUACUUGACUUUGCGCGGGCCCACGCAGACGCUUCACACUCUUUAUUUGGCACUCGACUCAUGGUCGUGGGGAUGCCUAAUGUGGGCAAGUCUUCGUUGCUCAAUGCCUUGCGCAAUGUGAGCCUGGGUAAAAAGAAGGCUGCAAGGACAGGUGAUCAACCAGGGGUAACACGGAAGAUUGGAACCAGUGUUAAAAUCAUCGAUGGCAAUGACGGACGAGAAGGCGUAUAUGUUCUUGAUACGCCGGGUGUAUUUGUGCCCUACGUGCCUGAUGCUGAAAGUAUGCUCAAACUGGCGCUCUGCGGCAAUGUGAAAGACACCAUUAUUCCGCCUACAACUAUUGCCGACUAUCUGCUCUACUACCUAAAUUUGAACGACACCAAGCUCUACCAGUCGUACUCUAAUCCAACAAAUGACAUCUUCGAGGUCCUAGAAGGACUUGCACGGAAACAAGGACGGCUCAAAAAGGGUGGAGCUCCCGACUUCGAGGCCUCGGCGUUGCAAUUCGUCCAGAAAUGGCGAACUGGCGAGAUGGGACGUUUCAUUCUCGAUACUGUGACGGAAACAUCAUUGGCCGAGCGCGCGGAAGAAUUACAUCUAUUGGGUGGCAGUAUGAACCAGGCACGCAAAGCGGUUAAACAACUGCGAAAGGAUGCCUACUUGACACGAGCCUGA